AUGGAUACCGGAGAAGGGUCGCACACAAAAACAAAAACCAAGAAAAAUUCAUAUAAUUCUUGGACAUAUGAAGAGUGUCAAGAGUUGCAGGCUACAUUAGUUGAAGCUAUCAAACGGGAGUGGCGUGACAAAAGCGGUUCGAUAAAUAAAGCUACGGUAGAGACAAAGAUACUACCAAUGCUAAAUAAAAAGCUUAAAUGCAAUAAGACUUACACGAAUUACUUAAGUCGAAUGAAGACUUUAAGAAGGGAAUAUAAUGUGUAUUCUGAACUCUUACGCUUUAGCUCUGGUUUUGGAUGGGAUCCCAUCAGAAAACAAUUUACAGCUCCAGAUGAUGUGUGGGCAGCCUACUUGUUGGGGCAUCCAAGGCAUGAAAACCUGAGGACCAACACUUUUGAAGAUUUUGAGGAUUUACAAUUGAUUUUUGAAACUGUUAUAGCAAAGGGAAUCAACACGUUUGGACUUGGUAGUGAUUCAAAUGCUGAAACUUUUGAAGACGAAGAUGAUGAUCUUCAAGCAAGAGAUGAUUUGGGGGAUGACGACGAGGUGGAUGAAGUCUCUGUUAAACCAAAGUUACCUACUAGGAAAAGAGCUAAAACCAGUCGUAAUGGAGAUCCAUUAGAUUCAACUAAUAAUCAUGGUGAGUCUUCAGAGAAGGUAUUAACUGAAAUGGUUGGAGUUAGCACUCAGAUUAUAAGUCUGAUUCAACAAAGAGAAGAAAGACAACAAAGAGAAGUUGAGCUUAGAGAAAUUCAGAAAAAAAAGAAUAAUGUUUGGGAUGCUGUCAAAGAGAUUCCUGAUUUGGAAGAUCAUGUCCGCUAUGAUGCAGUAACCAAAAUCCAUACGUUGAAAAUGAAAGACGUAUUUGUGAGCAUGUCUGUCGAAGACCGCUUGGGCUGGAUUCUCCGUAACACUUAG